GACACUAGGCCUAACCCGGUUACCUCGGUAACGCGCGAGAAUGACCCAGUGACCCGGAAGGAGUCCCUGCUGAUGGACAGGCGCAGCGGGGGAGGACGGGCUGAAGAUGGUGGCAUUAGCGGCUAGUUGGCAGCGUUUUGGUUUUUACUCCCUCUUGGCCGGCUAUUUCUUCCGCUGGUGUGCGGUGGCAGCCGAGAAGGUGGCGUCGGUGGAUGUUUUUCUUAUGGAUUCUCGAACGGGUUGGUCCGCAGAGUUCGGCUUCAAGUCGGGCAGCAGCUACCGGCUGCAGGGUACCGUGUUGGCGCUUGGCAGCGGGUCUGACAGCCCCAGCCAAGGUAACCAGGGUCUGCGCGCCUUUCCAAAACAUAACCAGGACAGCUUAGAAGGAAGCUUAAUAUUAGUUAUAGAUGAACAGUUCGACAUCCGGCCAGAUACUGGAGAGAAAUGGAUCGGUGUUGUGCCUGUUGAUGAAGACCAAGUUGAAGGUAAAGGGAACAACAAGCAGGAAUCAUUUGCUGCAGCUGUUGUUAGUAAGAUGAAAAGAGCACUUGUUCUGGGAGCGUCUGCCCUUUUGAUUCUAGUUUUAAAUCAGAAUGCCUUCACUGAGAUGGACAUUUCCCAAGUGCUUUCUAAACCAGUUGUCAUAAUGCAGAGCUCUGAAAAUGUAACCAAGCUUCUCGGAGCCCUGUUAAGUGGUCUUCGUGCAUCUGCUAAAAUAACUUUUAAAAGUAUAAUUCAAGACAAUCUGGGAGUAACAUUAACACUGUGGUCAACCUGUGGACGCUCACGAGGUGGGCUGUAUGGAGAAUGGCAAGGGGUGAUUUGUACAGGAGAGAACAGCUCACAAGUUCAGAAAUAUCUGCAGCAGUUGUGGAACACUAUCUUAUUAGUGGGUUUAAUCUUGUGUACUGGAGUCAUUGUGCAGGCUCAGUGGCAAUAUAGACACUAUGAACCAAGUACCGAAGAGAUGGAGAUGGGUUUGAAGCAACAAAUCCUGAAGCAAUUAUCAGCACUGAAGACUCGAAAGUAUUAUCCAAAUAAAAGAUGGAAAACGCAGUUGCAAGAACUUGAGAGCUGUGCUGUCUGUUUGGAAGAGUUCCAUAAAAAUCAGUGUCUUCGAGUGCUACCAUGUCUACACGAGUUUCACAGGGAUUGCGUUGAUCCCUGGCUCCUACUUCAACAGACGUGCCCCCUGUGUAAACGGCAUGUCCUAGGUGAUCCAUGUGAGAACAGCUGAAUUUAUUCUUUCUCAUGAACAGAAAACGGGAGACUUCUGCAGCUUGAUUUUAUGUACACCUUGAGACUUUUUAUAUUGCACUUUAUUCGUUACAUUCUGAACGACCAGUUCAAUUUGUGGUAAUCAAGUGAACAUUGAACUUUAACAACCCUGAUGAGAUAAAUCUUGUUAUUGUGUUGGAAUGUUGAUCUGUUGACUCCCUCAAAUAAGUUGUGAAGCAUACUACAUAUAGAUGCAACAUUCAUUUGUUUCUGGAAUACUCAUGAGUAAUGAGAUAAUUAGAUGGACUAUUCAAGUUGAUGAUUAAACCAUUGAAGGUUAACCAUAUUCCUUAUAUAGAUGCUGAAAUAACAAAGCUUUACCCCCUUUUAUUUAUUGAUUAUAUUUAUUCUCCUGAAAUGUUAGACAUACCUCUUGUGAAAAUGCUGACAGUUAUUUAGUCUUCAUUUACACUUCAACAUGUAAGUCAGAGCCUCACAGUUGAACUGCACGUGGGCAUUAAAACCUUUUCAAGGUUUUGGCAACUUGUACCAUGCUUUGAGCUAGUUCAUGGUUUAGCUGUUGUGUAUUCCAAACAGUUGAGUCUAAAUUAACCAAUUUAUUAUCUCUACGUGUGUAUUGCCAUUUAGGUUCUUAUGAAAAUAGCCACAGAUUAUGGAAAAGCUUAUAAAUCUUAGCAACCUUGGAAAUGUUUACCACCUAAUCAGAAAAACCAUUUUGUAUCUGAUCUUCCUCACUCACACUUGUAUAGCACUUUUGAGCACCUGAUAAUGUUCCAUCAAUGAGUUUCUACAUUACUUUUAUGAGAGAUGGCUGCAUCACUGUUGGCAAACACAAGCAAUAGUCUCACUGUAGUUUUUUAGCAAUUAAUGAUGUGAUUUUUGAGGUUUUGAAACAAUCUGAAUUUCCUUAAAUGUUUCCCAGGAAGGUUUAAAAUUUCAUUAUUUGGUGCAUAUGCUUUGUCUAGAAGAUCUUAAUGAUCCAAUAAUCAAAGUCUGCAUUUUGCAUUGUAAAAUAUCCUUGCAUUGUGAAGAGAGUCUUUGAACAAGGUGACUAUAACAACAAAAUAUUAGAACCAUUUUUUCUUAUUCCAUAAAAAAUACUUGAAUUUCGAAAUGGCCCAAUGCCUUGGAGUUCUCUCUCCCAGUGUGUUGCAAAUUGUUGUUUAUGCCUUUCAUUUCCUUAAUUCUAUCAAUACGCAUCUUUUGACUCUCCAAGUUUUCAAUAUUUUGAACAGGUAAUGUAUAUCAGACCACUAUGAAUACUGUGCAUUUUGGGUAGCUCUAAACAUACAGUCUUGCACAGAAGACCAGAGGAGAUUAUCUAGAAUAAUUCAUAAACUUCACACUCUAGCAUAGAGCGAUUUAAAUUGUUUACAUGAUUUUUAAUGAAACAGAGCCUUGAAAGAUUAUGGUUCAAGUAUUUAAAAUGAUUUUGCUAUCCACAAAAGACCAGUAAAAGCCUAACAAAAGCAUUAAUAAUUUGAAGUUUUCUUGAUAAUUCUAUAAAAUUAAAAGGAUAAGAUAAAUGCAAAUGAUGAAGCUAUUUACUCUCAUGCCUAUUGAGUAUCCUUUUCUUGAAAACAUUUUAUUUCUUCCUUUUUAAAAAAAACUGAUCCUGUUUACUUUUAGAUUAAGUCAUAAUAGAACAUUACAGUGCAGUACUGGUGUCUACAGCCAACAGAAUUUGACUUUCUAACUUUCCGCAUGUAAGUAAAUUUAGUUGCUGGGAUAGUCUGGAGUCUUAGCCUGUGGUUCUAUUAUGCAAAUCAGCAGUCUCAACAUUUCAUUAUUUAUCCUUUUAAAGCAUUUCAUACUUUAAUAAGCCUUUUUGGAUUUUCAUUGAGCUUUGUUCUAAUUAAAAAUCUAUUUAUUUCUUAACUUUCUUCAUAGCUGUUUUAUUUGUUUUUGGUAUUGUUCUAGAGUGUUUGCUGCAGCCUUUUUCACGUUGCUGAUAUUCCUUCAAUAACCGAUGCCAACGAUACACGUUAUUUCCAAGUUUAAUCCAAAAUUAGGUUUUUCUCCUUGCAGUUACAUUCAUUUGGCAUUAUAUAUAAAAACUACCAGUUGCAGUUCCACUUUUAAUAACCUAUGGAUGUGCAUCUAUACCCUUAAUGAUUGUAUAAACCCCUGUAUAAGGUCACCCCUGCUAUGUUCCAGUGAGAAAAAUGCAAGCCCAUCCAUCCUCUCCUUAUGAGUCAAACCCUCCAUCCUUGGCAACAUCCUGGUAAAUCUCUUCUGAACCCUCUCAAUAUAGUCAAUCUGAAAAUGACCAGGUUUUCAAUGUAUGUGGAAAUACUAGUAUUUUCUAUAUGGAUUAGUGACUAAACCUUCUGGUGGAUCAGUGAUACACAACCUAUUUUUGAGUAGUUGCUUGGAAUGUAUUGUAUUAAAUAAUUAAGAAUAAGUUCAUUUCCCUGAAAAAUAAAGCCCAGUUAACUAGGUCCAGAGAACAGAAGUGCAGCAUUGGUUCUAGGCUUUUAGGUUUGUCAGCUAGGCUCUUCCCUCCCCCAUUUCUGAUGAAUGGUCUAGGCCCAAAAUGUCAGCUUUCCUGCUCCUAAGAUGCUGCUUGGCUUGCUGUGUUCAUCCAGCUCUACACCUUGUUAUCUCGGAUUCUCCAGCAUCAGCAGUUCCUAAUAUCUCCUCUUCCUUCCUGUUGGGGCACGAGCAUAAAAAAUUAACUGGAGUCAAGUAGGAAUAAUACUCGACCUUAUUUUCUGACCUACCCCUCCAGUCAUCAUUAAUGAAUAAGGCUGACUGAAUUGUCAGUUGUAGUGUCUAGUUUGGUUCAUUAUUUAGUCUUUUCUAGUCUUACUGAGCUUGUUAUUAUGGACGUAACUCAGCCUCAAAGAUAGCUCAGUUAUCCCUUCCAACCUCCAGGUAAAAUAACUAGUCAUUAGAUAACUAAUAAAAUGCAAUAUGUAUUAGUGUAUUAUAUAUUUAUUUAUUAGAAUAUCUUCCAAUAUAAAUGCCACAACUUGAAUUUUUAAAUGGUUAUUUUAUUCUUUAUUCUGGUUAACCACAACAUUGUAUAUAAUUUAAUUUAUUUUGCAAUACAUUAUGAUUAAUUAUGUUUCUUAUGUAAACUUUAGACAAGGGCUUUAAGUGAAUCAAGAAAUAGACACCAUUUUCCUUGCUACCAUUUGCUUCAAUAGUGAGUUUACAAAAUGUGACUGGCAUAAUAGUUAUUUUGUAAAUUUAUCUAUUGAGAAAAACGUUUUUGAAAAAUAAAAUUUCAUUUUGAAAAGUACAAAUGCCACGUUAUAACUUUGGAGAGGGGGAAAAUAUGCUGGAACAAAGAGGGAUUUUUGUGGUUAACUAUUGCAAAAUCUUUCUGAAACAUAAGUUAAUGUAGUUGAAUGGAAUUCAUAGUGUUUAAUAGUGAUAUUUUAUUUGUAGCACAUAUUUCAAUAGUCAUAAAUAAAAGCCUGUGCCUGAUUAAAA